GUGAACGAGGCCUUUGCAUCGUUCGUUCACGACGAGCUACAGCAGCUCGCAUAAUAGUGGUCAACGACGACGGGCCAGGUCUUCUUCCCUCUUCUUUCGCUCCACAACCAUCUCUGUCGCUCGCUAUUUUCUUUCUGGUGGUUGUAAAUAUCGAGCCGGACUCGAGUGCACAGAUUUUUGCUGCUCUUCAUCUGAAAAGUUGAAGACCGUAUCUUUAUUCCAUUCAGUAACGAGUAACUAUCGUAUAGUUGCUUAGGAAGAAGACCUUUGGCAUUGAUCUAUACCCCAUCAACCCCACAAAGUUCCAUCCGAUGCCCCGUCGCUCACCACCAACAGCGCUUCGCCUGCACGAAGGCCCACUCCCUACACGGGGAAAGCCCAAAUUUACACUCCCCUCCGUCCCGCGUCCGAUCUUCCACGCACCCUCCAUCGCCCCGCGCGGUCCAGCUCCCCGUGCGCGCCAGGCUUCCGUUUCAUCCCACUCACCCAACUCUUCCAUUAAUUCCUUCGACCCAUCGACCCUUUCGCAAGUUAGGGCGUCUUCGGACUACUUUCCCACCACCAUAAGCCCAUCAUCUUCGCAGGCUUCGAGUCCCUCCGCGUCUAUCGGUUCAAAUCAUGGACACCGACAGAAGAUGGUGAGAGGACCUUGGGACAGUGCGAAUUCAAUUGUGGUGCCUUUCGAUGUGGGUUCGGUGUUACCUCCUCCGAAGAGAGCAGCUGUUAGUCCGGGAGGCGGGUUGGGAGGCCGUUGAUGUGCGCUAAGAUCGCCAGCGCCACUGGUGAUGGUGUAAUGGACACGGAUAAGGUUGGGUUUGCAUUCGCUGAUGAAACGUUCGUUGCCUUACGAGGUCUGCUACACAUCGGACUAGAGCUCCCCGCAGUUUGAUGUUGAGACAUGACAGGACGUCGUACUAGCUUUUGGUUGGGUCUGUGUUUGCAAGUGCGUCCAUGUACCCGUUUGUCGCCUGUAUCUUACUCAGUUCCGUCCGACACUGCGAUGGGAGUGGUUGUUUUACCACUGCGUCGAUGAACAUAAUGAUGCUACGCAUUUUGUUCCGCUUUGCGAUAUUCUCACAAGGAACCACACGUUUCGUUGUACUUGGCUACUGCUACUUGCGUCAGCUUAACUUCUCUAAUACAUUUGCCGGCGCCUCCUGUCUCUUGAAUUAA